GAUCAACAAUUGCGAGACUUGAAUGUUCAAUACUAUGGCUGCAACUACUGAACCAACGGCAGAUAUUGCCACUGAAAACACGCGUCGUGCUGCGCAGGAAAUUCAAGAUUAUCUCCAAACUCGUCUUGCCGACACCUCUGGUCCUUCUUCGUUCCGAUCACUUCCAAUUAUCGAUCUAACCCCUUCAUUCUCGCCAUCUUUAGCCGACCGCCAAGAGGUUGCGAAGAAAAUCAAUGAAGCAUGCGCGAAUGUUGGGUUUUUCUACAUCACGGGUCAUGGAAUACCACAGCAUGUUUGCGAACAAGUAUUCAAGCUUUGCGAACGCUUUUUCAGUGAAUUGCCUCAAUCCUCCAAAGAUGCACUCCACAUGAAGAACUCAGAUCAGUUUAGAGGAUACGAGCCGGCUAGUUACUCAUCUGUAAAUGAUUUCCAAACUAAGGAAACAAAGGAAGCUUUCAACUGGGGUUAUGAGUAUGGUUUGGAUCCUACAGGUGGGGACGGAAAAUACGUCGAGCUUGAUGGUACAACUGCUGGUGGUAUAAAUCAAUGGCCCAACGAAGCUGAAAUUCCUGGUUUUUAUCAAGGGAUUGCAGACUAUUACGGAAGGAUUUUGGAAUUGUGCAAACACCUAUUCCGCCUGUUUGCCUUGUCUCUAUCUCUUCCAGAAGAUUACUUUGAUCCACUAGUCACACAUCCUGGAGGGAUUGCACGACUGAUAAAAUACAAGCCAAAUGCCAACCCCAAGCCUCUUUCCGCCUCAAAUGAAGAAGAGGAAGUUGGUCUUGGUGCUCACUCAGACUACGAAUGUUUCACUCUCCUUCUGCAAGACUCAACCCCCGGUCUAGAGGUCCUUAGUCCAGACGGAAAAUGGGUCGCUGCCGAACCCGUUGAAGGAGGAAUCGUAGUCAAUGUUGGCGAUUUUUUGAUGCGAUGGACAAAUGGACUUUAUAGAAGUACCAUUCAUAGGGUUGUUAACAGGACGGCCAAAAUUCGGUACUCGGUACCCCUAUUUUUCUCAAUCAAUUACGAUGAGACAGUUGCGACGUUACCGUCUUGUGUAAGUGAUGAGAAUCCUUCCAAAUAUCCUCCGAUUACUGCUGGGAGAUAUGUGUUGGAUCGCUUGGCUAUGACAGUUCCGGGGAAAUACUGAAAUCACGGUUACCACGGACUUCUUCGCCUUUUUAGCGUUAACUAAAACAGAAAUUCCAUCAAUGGUUUUGUUCUCCCUGACUCCAAGUUGAAGUACUUCCAACUAUUUACUGACACACCAUGACACACUACCCUACUUCAUUCUUAAAUAUUUACAUAUUGUCUCACUAUAAAGACACAGAAUAAUCCCUCUUUUGUCCCGCUGGCUUACAGCUUAGCUUUCUGAAAAACUGCUUUGAAUGCGGGGUACUUAUGAAAAUGCAGUCGGCUUACCUGCCAUCAUGGAAAAAUUCCCCGAUGAUAAAAUCAUGUAUAUUCUUGCUCGCGUAUCGCAUAAACUUGUAGAAGCACUUGAUCUAUACCAUGACCAUACCUCUACACUAACUCCAAUACCAUCACGUGGUUAAACCAUUCCAGAACCAACACAUAUAAAAUUUAUAAACAAUAUAACUUAACGACA